CGGAACUGUCAAAACUGACAGAAUUGUCAAAGCAACUGUCAGAUGUCAUGGUGACAGUGACAUAUCAACAAAAAUAAAAAAUUAGAAAAUACUCCCACAAAAAAAAAAAUCAGUUUUUUAAGUAUUUUAUCAACAAAUUCCCCAUUUCCUUAUUAAAAGUGUAAAUGCCGGACUAAAGGCAUUAGUCUUAGGGCAACAUGACUUCGGAAAGCGACGAGUACCCCGUGGAGGACUCCGACGAGUCCCUGCUGGACUUCAAAGAGAUAAAUGAUUUGGAGUUUGACAUUCCCGAGGUGGCCCCGCCCACCUUGGAGAAGGUCCUGUGGGAUAUGGAGUCCGAGGGAAGUGACACCACCUCCCUGCACUCCUUUCAGAGCAUGGCCUCCAAGUUUCGGUCCAUGUUAUCCCAUAGCGUCUUGCCCGGGAUAACUACACAAAUCUCUUCGGCAAUGAACAGAGUAAAAGCUGGCCUCCCCACUGUAAUUUCAAACAGUCUUAAAUAUGUGGCAGUGGGCACAUCCCAUGGCUACAUACUCUGCUUUGACUGUGACCAAAACUUAUGCUGGUGCUACCACGACGUAAAUCUGGUAGACCAGGGCGCCAUUUCCGCCGCAGCCUUUAACCUGGAAAGCACCCGACUACUUAUAGGGUACGAGCGGGGCUACAUUGCCAUGCUUGAUUGCAAAACCGGAGACUCCAUCAGGAGAAUGCCGGACGCUCAUGCACCCCAAACCGCAGUCCUACACUUAAGGUUCACCUUCUUAAGCAAUUUGGCCUUAUGUGGGGACAGUUCGGGCUGCGUCUUUUCGAUGGUGUUCAAUAAGAAGUUUGGGGUGCGCGGCUGGGACUCAAAGUGUCUAUUUUCAGGGGCCAGGGGCGAGGUCUGCGUGUUCGAGCCCCUGGUGCAAGGGCACGAUAUUAAUUUUUUAAGUAGGCAUGUUCUGGUGGCCAUGGCCACCCUUUCUAAGAUAAUAGUGAUAUCAGUGAGGCCUCGCCUGAAGGUUUAUUUUAAUCAGCAAUUGCCGAAGAUCUCCACUUCUUUGCCGCUGGUUUCUUGGCAGUUGGUCUCUAUUGGGAAAACUUUUCAGCCUGUGCUGGCGUGGGCUAGGGGCAACUAUUUACAUUAUGCUAGGCUAAUAACAAAUUUCAGCACCAACAGCAACAACCGCAUCCGACUGAUGCCGUUACGUAACGUCCAACUCUCCUACACCCUCACCGCCUUACACUGGAUAGGUACAAGACAUCUAGCCCUGUUGGACACCAGCGAGAACUUGCACCUGGUGGAGGUGCGCACGCAGCGGGAACUCGAGCUACUGGAGCUCUCGGGCGCAGGUCUCGUUUACGGCUCCGCCCACUUCAAGGCGUUGGCCGUGGGGGGCGGGGUCAGCGAGGCGUUUGCGCUUGCGGGCGAACGCGCCUGCUACAACAGCCUGAGCAGCCGUGGUACGCAGGUGCUGGUUCUCGGUACCAAGGCUGUACAUUUGGUGAAGCUUCGUAGUUGGCCUGAGCGGAUUUUGUUCUUGAGCGAGCAAGGCAGGUGGUCCGAGGCACUAAAUCUGGCGUCCGAGGAGGGCCUAAACAAGGAGGCCUUCACCCUGGAGCUCCUCUCCAGAUAUCUGGACAGUUUGAACCAAAAUACCGUGGACAAGGACAGCCUUAUGGCCGCAGUGAAUUGUUGCGUCCGUUUGAAUAAAAUAGAUAUUUUAUGUAAUGACCUCCUGGAAGCGGUUAACAUGGACCAAUACAACUUAGACUGGUACUACACCCUCUUAACUGAUCACAUAUGCAACGGUAGCUUAAAGUCCUUAUCUCCAUUGGUUUCGCAAAUGUUGGUUACCCAUUUGGAGUCCCGGGACCCCCAGUUGCUGGAGAGUUGCUUGCUAAACCUGGAAAUCGACUGUUUGGACUUGCAUCAAGUGUUAAAAGCUUGCAAGAAGCUGAAACUUUACAACGCCUGGAUCCACAUCACCACGAAAACAUUGGGGGACUACGCGUCUCCUUUGACCGAGUUCUUGGGCGAGCUUACUCCGGAUAAUAACAGGUUGGGCAACACGUUGCUCGUCUACGUAUCGUCCUGCCUGGCCGGUUUGGGGUAUCCCACGGGACAAAUCCCGGAAAGGGACGUGCCCAGGGUGAAGUACGACGUGCUCAGAUGCCUGGAAACCGUUCAUUCGAUUAAAGGGACUCCUGGAGAGGGUAGCUAUCCCUAUUUAAGAGCCCUGCUUAGAUAUAAUACCAGAGAGUGCCUGAACGUGGUCGAAUUGGCCUUCACCGAGGCGGAAUUCUCCGGGGAAAUGGGCCUGCUACAGAGACAAAGACUGAUUAGUAUCCUAAUGCAGAUCGUCGUGCCUCCCGAAUUCACCGACAGUCAGAUAAUCAACUUGGCGUGUUUCGUGUCCCGUCUGGUGCUCAACGACAGCGUGACGAUCGACACGGCCAUGCUGAACCACGUGGUCGACUGUCUGACAACUUUGACAGAUGUCAACUUAUCGGGGCGUGACCAUCGCGAGAAGGAGCAGGCGUGGCUCGACUUACUGCAAGCGGACAAGCUGCGUCACUUCGACACCGGUCAGCUGUUAGAGAUGGCGCUGCGCGCGCAGUGUUUCAAGGUGGCCGAGUUGCUGUACGAGUGGCGGAAGAGUUACGCGAACAUUCUCGACUGUUACUUGAACGAUCCCGUGCGUUCGGGGGACGUUUUCAAUUAUAUCGUGACGUACGUCGACGUGCCGGAAAGGGAGAUCCGGGGGCAGUUUUUCAAACGUUUUCCCGCCCUGGUCAGGAUCAAUUGCGCCAAAAGUUGCGAUAUCGUUGCGGAACAUUACGCGGAUGAUUUGGAGGAGUUGACCGGGAUCCUGGGCGAGGAUGCGGAUUUGCGGUUCGGGUUUUUGAGGGAGAUGGUCAGUGGGGAAGUGCGGUUGCCCGACAGUGUUGCCGAGUUGUUCCUGGAUCAGCUCUGCCUGAGGGAGCCUGGGAGGGUGUGCGAGUUUGUUGCUGCGAGGGUGUUUGAGGGCGAGAGGGCGCUGCAGACUACCAGGAAGUAUGGGAUCCACCAAGCCACCGCUCUACUGCUCGAACAACGGGGCCAAUGGGGCGAAGCCCUGGCCCUCCUCAUCAGCCAGGACCUGAUAGACGAGGCGGUCGCCCUGUGUAUCAGAGGGGCGGAGCACUUGGACCCCGAGGGGGCGCAACGUUUGUGGAUCUCCUUACUGCAAAGCAAGCGCAACGUGAAGACCACCUCGGUGAGGCAGCUGCUCCACGCGGCUGCGCCCCACGUGCCCCCCGAUCAACUCUUGGACCUGAUGUCGAACGCGAAUUACGGCGACGUGAAGAAUUUGCUUAGGGGCAUUUUGAGCGAUUACGAGCACGAUAUUGACCUGUUGAGUGCCGCCAUGAAGGUUCUGGAUAAGGAUUUGCACCGCGAGCUGGCGAAAACGCUUCAGCGUCACGGCAGGGGCGUGGCGGUGCGCCGUCUGCUGUGCGACCUCUGUCAAAAAACGUUCGCGCAUCGCAAAGAGGUGGAGGGCGGCGAGGUGUGCGCGUGGGCGUGCGGACACUCGUUCCACGCGCACUGUCUCUGCGCGUCGGAGUUCGAGGGGGCGUGUCCCGUCUGUCGGAGACCCGGCAAACAGCUGACGAGGGUGACGAAAAGGGCGCAGCAGGCUCCUCUGGGGCACGCCAGCAGGGGCAGGAGCGGGCUCCAGCUCAGGCCGGACCUGGAGGGUCACUUUUAAGCAGUUUAUCUAGUCUCGUUUUUGUUGAUUUAUUUCUAGAGUGAAAGAGAGUUUGUUUUUUUUGCGUUUGGGUGUAUUGGGCGGGUGCGGUCCUGGUGUUUCAAUUUUAAGGCCCAAAGGUAGAAAAUGUACUUCAACUUGAAUAUUUUAAGGGUAAAACGACGUUUCUGAUGUCAAAAGCGUCCUCAGUCAAUCCCACUUGCCCCCUAUGAUUCACUUUACCCUAGUUAUAUUUAAAUAAACAAGCUGUGUUAUUAGAUUAGAUAUUAACGAUGAAACCAGUUUUUAUUUAUGCAUAUUAUAGAAAUCAAUCAUUUUUGAAAACAAUUCCUUACUGGAAGUCAGUGUGGGGUGGGUGGGGGGGUAAAGGUAGGGUUAAUGAAAAACGGGUUUUUUGCAGAUAAGUUAUAAAGAAAAGACACCAUCCUCAGGUCGCACCCCCCCACGCCCUUAUGCCCUCCCCAGUGUUCAUUUCAACUGAUUCGGUAUCAAUGGCUAAAAUCAACCAUUAUCGUUAAAUUGUGAUAUUUAUAUUUUUAUUGUUUGUACAAAAGGAAAACCAUUAAACACGUUAAAAGAA